AUGAGUUACAUUGACGUACAUCACCAUGUUAUAACACCGGAAUAUGCCGCUGCAUGGAAGGCCUCUGGCAAGAUCCCUCCCAACCUAACAUUACCCUCAUGGUCCGUUGAGCUAGAUCUUGCCUUCUUAGACCGCACCGGCAUCAAUGUGGCGAUGCUCUCGGUCAGCGCGCCGGGGGUGGAGAUUGCGUCGACUCCGGAAAUGGCAAAAUCAAUGGCCCGCCAAUUAAAUGAGCAGGCAGCCGGGAUUCGAGACUUGCAUCCAGAUAGGUUCGGCGUCUUCGCGACGCUGCCCCUUCCAGAUGUAGCAGGCGCCGUCGAGGAAGUGCAGCAUGCCCUCGAUGUAUUGCGGGUGGAUGGUGUGAUCCUCUUGACAAGCUACGAAGGCAAGUAUCUUGGCCACGAGAGCUUCCAGCUGCUGUGGGAGGAACUCGAUCGGCGUGAAGCCGUCGUCCUCAUACACCCAACGACAGCCAAAAACUCAGGAGAAGGUCACGACCCCCUAAUGCCUCGGCCCAUCAUUGACUUCCCACACGAAACGACGCGAACGGCCGUGCACCUCAUCACAACCAAGACGGUCCGCAAGUAUCGCCAUUGCAAAAUCAUUCUUUCCCACGGGGGUGGCACGCUGCCAUAUGUGGCCUCAAGAAUCGCCCACCAGGCAGCCGAUGUGGGGCUCUUGGACAUGACAGCGGCGGAAUUCCUUGAGGACGCCAGAUCCUUCUACUUUGACUUGGCGAUUACGAACUACGAGGGCCCUGUCUCCUUUGCCGCCAAAGAUCACAUACAUAUUGUGGGAGCUUCAAAGAUCUUCCCUCGCUUUUAUGUACAAAGACUCCACUUAGCUGAGGUUGAUCAAUAG